AUAGUAAUGCGCUCUUGGUGGUACAUCAAUAGUUUAUAUAUUCUUAUAGUCACAGCACUGCCGGAUGUUUACCAGAAUCAGUAACGUCGAGAAGUACGAGUUAUUAAGUUGUUUUAUUUGCUGAAAUAUAUUAGAACUCAAGUUCAUCGCGCAUGACGUGCUCGCGAGCCACGAUGACUUUCUCGAAAGCAUGACAAGCCCAGUAUCAUUUAAAGCAUGUCUGCGCCGUGCUGUCCUUCGUGUGUGUUUUCACUCUCCUCCAACUUCGACUUGUUAAGGACAUAUUUCCACUAACUAUGCGGACCUGUCUCGGCAGUUGGCUAGUGUUGACCUUUCUGAUAGCCUGGUGCCGAUGGACAGCAGCCAGGACGUGCCUAGAUGACCAGCUGGAUGCCGCUUCCAAGGCUCAUCUUGCCCCUAUCGUGUUUCAGGGUCGUCUUCUAAAAGUUUCUUCUGUUGAUAAAGUUGCGCAGUUUCGUGUCAAGAGAAGCUACAAGAGAAAUGAAAAUGUAGUGUUACAGAAAAAAGAUGUGGCAUUUCUGAAAUUUCUGAAUGAUAACUCUUGCACUGAUACUUUCAGUGAAAAGGACUUAGAGCGGAAUAGCAAGUACAUCAUUUUCGCAGCACCGCAAUCACCAGCGCGGCCCGGAAACUCCGGGAAGAAAAGUUUAAUAGCCGUGGCUAAGCCGUUGCGGAAGAGUCGAAAGACAAACAAAGCAGUUAAGAGAGUAUUGUGUCAAGGAUGUGCCAAGCCACCAUCAACGAAAAUGCAUCAUGCCAAGAUCAAAACUCGGCGGAAGGCCAGAAUCAGGUUGCGAUGUACAGUCGGAGGAAACCCCCCGCCCAAAGUCCAGUGGUAUAAAAAUAAGAAACUCAUCAGAGAGAAUAAAAGGAUUAAAAUAAGAACGAAAGGGCGAUAUUCAAUGUUAAUUAUCAAACGAGUUCGGCAACGGGAUGGCGGCUGGUAUAAAUGUCGAGCAUCGAGUGUCUUGUCCCCACCAGCUGACAGCAUGACUGAAGUUAUUGUCCAGACGAAAAGGCCCAAGAAUCUACCCAAACAGAGGAAUAAAUCUCCACACUGGCAAUUCAAAGGACGACCAUGUGAUGUCCAGUCCUAUUGUCUGAACGGAGGGAAGUGUACCAUGAUCGAGUCUCUGCAGGAACGGGUGUGUGAAUGUGCCGAUGGGUAUAUAGGGCACCGGUGCGAACACAAAGAUACGACGUACACGAUAGAUAAACUUACAAGGUCCUCCUCGCAUUCUUCUUCUUCUCCAUCCAAUAACGGAAAACCGAGGUCUGGAUCAUUUGCUUCAGUAGCAUCACGCCGAAGAAAAGUUCAGAGGAAGUCACAAAAAAAUGCGCCUCUGGAUUCGUCGGACAUCGUUGCCACUACAAAAGUACUAGAGGGAUACUGGGGGAAAUAGAGUCACCUCAGGAACGAGGGUGAUGUCAGUAUAGUAUCAUCAUACUUGGAGAGGAAGUAUCAGUGUCUUCAAUUUUUCUGUGGUCAUUUAGUGUUUGUUUUAAAUUUUACUGGGAUUGUUUCAUACAAAUUACACCUAAUAAUGGAUAAGCCAAAAGCCUAAUAUAUAUAUAUAUAUACAGAUGUUUUAAAUGUACAAAUAUGAUCUUCACUUUAUGUCUGAGGCUGACAUUACAUCAGCAUCGCAUUUGAAGAGUUAGACAACGAAGAAGGAAUAUCGAACAGUGCACAUAGGUAACCGAAUCUCCUUUACUUGAAACCUAGGAGCUGGUCUCGCUGGGUAGUUUUAGAAACUUAUACAUCAUACUAAAGCAAUCCCCAUCAUGAAGAUACCGAGAAACGUUAUUAAAAGAGGAGGUAUGUUUUAGUUGUCAAGACUUUAUCUUUGAGCGUUUAAUUAUUAUAGAAAAAUUCCAGGCAGUCAUAAAGUUUCGUUAGUCAACAACAAUCAUGGAUCAAAUUAUAGUAGUGUAUUCGUUCAAUACCUGUUUUUACCCACCCAAAGAAAGAAAGAAAGAAAGAAGACACACAGGUGAGAAAACAUUUCUUCAGCGCCAAAAAAUAUAAGUCGCUUGAGCAAAGUAACCUAGUUCAAGUUAUAAGACAUUAAAAUAAUUAUUGCUGUGUUCACCAGAUCAUAUCGCCACUAUCUAUGGGUGUAAUUUGUGUGAAGCCAUUCUCUUAGAAAAAUGAGUAAAGGUUGUAAAAUAAUAAAGGACAACAACAGUCAAUAUGUUUCACUGCAGUCAUUGUGUUAAGUGAAGGCAGCUGUUAAGUUUAAUAUGCCUUCAACUUUCAUAUAAACUUCAACAAGGAAGCAAAGAGAAUAUACUUGGCUUCCUGGGAUGCCGAUACUCCUCUCCAAACUAAGCUUUAUGUGGUAACUUUAAUAGGCAUCACCGUAUAAGGCUUUUGUGAAGAAAAAAAAA